AUUGACAAUUGCCAUCAAUCAAUUUUAUUAAAUUCAAAAUCAAAAAUCUUCCGGCUAUUCUCGACUCGUGUAAAAUCACUAAUCACUUGAAAAUUUUGUUCUAAAUUCCAAUUUUCUUAGCAAUGCAAUAGCAAGGAUUAAGGGCUCUGGUAUUUCUAAAUUAAGUCGGUGUUCAAGAAUCAAUUCGGAACCACUAACUUCUGAGCGGAAAAAAAUAAGCAGCUAUGAGUAAACCAGCACAGCCUCCACCACCAGCACAAUUCAAUCCAGUACCAAAGAUUAUAAACGGUGGCAUUGCGGGAAUCAUUGGGGUUUCCGUAGUGUUCCCCUUGGAUCUUGUGAAGACGCGAUUGCAAAAUCAAACUGUCGGACCAAAUGGAGAGAAACAAUAUAAGAACAUGCUGGAUUGUUUCCGCAAGACAUAUGCGGCGGAGGGUUACUUCGGCAUGUACAGGGGAUCAGCUGUUAACAUCAUCCUCAUCACGCCGGAAAAGGCCAUAAAGCUCGCUGCCAAUGACAUGUUCCGUUUCUACCUUACACUGCCGGAUGGAUCACUGCCAGUAUUUCGUCAAAUGAUCGCCGGUGGCAGCGCAGGCGCUUGCCAAAUUGUCAUCACAACACCUAUGGAGCUGUUGAAGAUUCAGAUGCAGGACGCUGGCAGACUCGCCGCGCAAGCUAAAGCGGAGGGCCGCAAAUUUGAACGAGUCACAGCUAUGCAAUUGACUCGUAAGCUGAUCAAGGAGCGCGGUAUUUUUGGCCUUUACAAGGGUAUCACGGCAACUGCGGCGAGAGACGUGUCAUUCAGUAUUGUCUAUUUCCCAUUAUUUGCGACGCUCAACGAUCUUGGGCCCAAAGAGCCGGGUCAGGCAUCGCCACCAUUCUGGUGGUCCUUCGGAUCGGGUUGUGCAGCGGGGUCAACGGCCGCGCUCGCUGUUAAUCCCUUCGACGUUAUAAAGACUCGAAUGCAGACUCUGACAAAGGGGAGUGGCGAAAGACAGUACACCUCCAUCUUAGAUUGUAUCACAAAAACAUUAAAAUAUGAAGGACCAACAGCCUUCUUUAAAGGUGGGGCGUGUCGUAUGAUUGUCAUAGCCCCGCUCUUUGGAAUUGCGCAAACCAUCUAUUAUCUAGGUCUAGCCGAGAACUACCUAGGCAUUAAAUAAAUUUACACAAACAAGUUUUGAUAAGUUUACAGUGCAUUUAAUUUCGACCCAAUUUUAAUGAACUAUUUAUUUCGCUUAUUUAAAUAAUUUAUGUUACAAAAAAUGUAAAACCUAUGUGUAAAUGGGGUAAAGUGAUGUUUGACAUGUAUACUACAACAAUACUAUGAAUAUUUGAAGAACUUGGUAAUAUAAGACCAUGGUAUCACUGACUAAUCUAACUUUGCUAACUGAUCAUACUGAAUACUGGUAUCACUUCGGGUACGAAACAGGACUUGUGAUUGUCGUAUGUCACAAACACACACACACACACAGCGUUAAGUCUCGUUUUUCCAUAUAUCCCAAAAAUUUAAUAAAUGGAAUGAAAUGUAGUCUUAGUAAUGUUGUGUCAAUGUCAAAUUUCAAGUUCUAUUUUUAAAUUAUGUAACAUCUGAAUUUCGGCUAACUAAGCAUAAUAAAUGCUAGUUCUUUUUAUUUUAUAUAAAAGGGUUUUAAACCUAUAUUACGUUACUACCGACAGUUACCAAAACAACCUGAUACGAACAUAGUGGCCAUAGAGUUGGUAUUUAACAACACACUAUCAUUUCGCGUGUUUUAGUUCCUGAACGAUAAAAUUUUCCGAAACGUCACAAAAGAGGAUACGAUUUUGUUGUCUAUGAAAAUAAAUUCAUCACUAUUAUUAUCUAUAUUAUUUAUUUAUUUGUAAUUAUAAUUUAUUUUGGUAAAUGUAUUAACGUGUUAAAUUAUUUUAUUGUUGUGCCUUAUUUAAUAUUUAUAUGUUCUAUAUCAAGUUUUAAGAAAUGAAAAUUCAUAUUGCUGACACAGUUUUAGUAUACUUUUCUAGCUCAAUUUUUUUUUAAAUUUUAGUUUAAGAAAUUAUAUAUAUAUUAGAUUUAGCGAAAUUUUAAUUUUAAUGUUUAUUACACUGUUGUUACUAAACAAUUAUUAAAUUCUUAUUCACGCAAUUUAAUACUAUCGUAUACAAUAUGACUACGUUAAAUUGGUUUGCGCUUUAAUAAUAGCCUGCAUAACUCUGUUGACCUUGAGCGAACAAUAUGUCCGCGGUUUUAUUGAUUUAAAAAGCCAGUCCACACUAUGAGUCUUACUGUCUUUAAAAUUAUUGUUAUCAUAGAUUUAGAGUAAAAGAAAUUCAGAUAUAAAAGGAAUUGGAAAAUGAGUGCGUAAUUUAUACUUUGUUCAAUUUAGGUUAUUUUCUUUUUCAUAAAAAGCUUUAUUCAGACAUCUAAGAUUUAGCAUAUUAUGCGAAAUUUAUUUAAUUUUAAAGCAUUACUACAAUUCCAAUAAUAUACUAUUAUAUUAAUUAAAAUAUCAAUUCUGGCUAGAUCAGAAUUGAUUACUUAUGAACAUUUCUUUUUUUUAAUACAAUAUGCCACGUUCUUAAUUCUUAGUAUAAAUCCCUUAUUUUAAAUAAUUAUAAAUUCUUAUCUUUGCAUAUAAUCUUAUUAUAUAAUAAUUCUAGUUAUUUGCAGCUGCAUACAUGUUUUAUAUUUGAAAAAUUAGUCUUAAAGACGAUGUGAUCGUGAUAUUUUGUUGCUACAUUUUUAAAUUAUUAUAAAUGGUCAUUUGCAAAUGUUUAUUUGUAUCUUACAAAAUAUUCAAUUAUGAUGUUGACAAUAAAUGUUUAAAUGUCGUUUUAGUAAUUAAGUGUUGCUAUUGUAUAGCCUGUCUGGGGAAAAGUUUAAAUUUAAAAAAACAUGGCUUUUUUCCUCAUACUGGAAUUUAAAAAUUGAUAAGUUAUACAAUAAUAUUACCGUAGCUAGGAUUUAUUUUUAACAACUAAUUAUACUAUACUUAUCUUAAAGGUCAAGAAUCUAGCUACGGUUCUAAAAUAAACCAUACACAAACCUAUAUUGCUAACCGAAAUUUCACUACAGAUUUAUUAAAAUAAUGAAACUUUGUGAGUAAUUGAAUCUCAACAAAUUUGGUAAUAAACGCCUUUGAUUUGUGUAUGGUGCUCUGUGUCAAUUCUUAAAUUAUGCAUUAGUAUUUGUAUGAAUCCAUAUUGAAAUAACUCAAAUAUCCAGUUCAAAUAAUAAAUGUGUAUCUAUCGUGCUAAAGCUAGUCAUAUAACGCUUGUUACUUUUAUUUUGAAAAGAAAAUACAAAAUUACAGUGGCCAUAGAAAUAAUAACAUAUAGUAAGAAACAGACUGAAUUAAUCUGUUGCAGACAAACAUAUAUUAAUGAAGCGUAUAUGUAUAUAUAUUUUUUGUAUUCUUUUAAAAAAAGGAAUAAUUCAUACUAAAUUGACAUAGACCUCUUCCAUUAAUAAAUGUGAAAUUAACGAAAUUUGCUUGUAACAUUCCUUAUAGCAUUAAAUUUGCAUUUAGUUUUAAUAUAAAUCUUCCUUUACCAAGACAAUAAAUGUGCUGUUUUGAAUGUCGUCAAUUCCUGGAGUCCUUAAGACCAUGUCCAUAUUGAAUAGCUAUUUAAGUAAUAGAUUUCAAACUGAACUGGAUAAAUUAGAUUAUGUUGCGAUUGUUAGAAGUUGAGAGAUUUGGUAUAGAUCUAGGUGUUCAAUAAACAUUGUAUUAAU